AUGGUGCCGGCACAUACGCUGGCGAUACAUUGUAUGCUGCCCACAGUUCCAUACCCAAACUGGGCAUGAGUAUCAAUUCGAUUUUUGCCGAUAUCCAACAAUUUGCCCGCAACUAUGAGGCAUUUCAUAAUUGUUUCACCAGCUACAAUCAACGUAAACAGCACAUGACCCAACAGGAUAUACAGUUGCAGGAUCUACAGCUACAGGAACAAUGUCGCAUUUUGGCCAGUACCCGUAGUAGCAUUUUGCAGGACAUCAAACGGGUGAUUUUCGAUUAUGAUUCCAUACAGGAGACGGUGAUAAAUGAAUUGAAAAAUUGGCAACGUAAUCAAGCGUUGGCCGGUAAUGGAGCACCAUUCCGCGAUAAUUUGGAUGAUAUACAACGUUGCAUCGAACUGCUGGUCGAGCUGGUGGGCAAGAUAUUGGAUAAUGUCAAUACCAUGAAUCAAAUACGUUUGGAUAAUAACGAUGAAAUCAGUGAUAUAAUUGCCCAUGUACGGCAGUCACAACAGUUGUUGGUUCUGUCAUCGUUUAUUGUGGAGAAACAGCCGCCUCAGGUUAUGAAAACCAAUACCAGAUUUGCUGCCGGUGUACGAUGGCUGAUUGGACCACAAUUGGGCAUCAGUGUUAAUGGCCCUCAAGUUGAGUGCAUAAUUUUAUCAGAGGCUCAGGCUCAACGUCAUUCCGCACAACGUACAAUGCCUGACUCAUCCAGCAGUACACCAGCCUCAUCCGGUGAAAUUGUGAAUAACGUUGGCAAUAUGGAAUAUAAUACCCAGACACGUGUAUUUUCCGCCAGUUUCAGAACAAUGCAAUUGAAGAAAAUCAAACGUGCCGAAAAGAAGGGCACCGAAAGUGUCAUGGAUGAAAAAUUUGCUUUAUUAUUUUAUACAUCGGUUGUAGUAAAUGAUUAUAGGAUUAGGGUAAGUGCGUAUUACACGCAAUCGAGUUAUAACCUGCAUAACAAAAUUAUUAUUCAAUUCGUUUUUUUCCUCCUACAGGUCUGGACAUUGUCAUUGCCGGUUGUCGUCAUUGUCCAUGGUAAUCAGGAGCCACAGUCAUGGGCAACAAUUACAUGGGAUAAUGCUUUUUCGGAUAUUGUACGUGAACCUUUUCAAGUGCCCGAACGUGUAGCGUGGUCUCAGCUAGCCUUGGCAUUGAAUACCAAAUUUGAGUCAUCAACUGGUCGUGCCCUAACCGAAGACAAUUUGAAUUUUUUGCAUGAAAAACUAUUCCGCCGCAAUAUUAUCAAUGGCGAAGAAGAUUACAUAACCUGGGCGCAAUUUUGUAAGGAACCCUUGCCCGAUCGUUCGUUUACAUUUUGGGAUUGGUUCUUUGCCAUUAUGAAAUUAACCAAAGAUCAUUUAUUAAGUUUAUGGAAAGCUGGUCUCAUUGUCGGUUUCAUUAAUAAGAGUAAAGCCGAACGGACACUCAAGGAGCAUGUGGGUGGUACAUUUUUGUUGCGAUUCUCGGAUAGUGAAUUGGGUGGUAUUACCGUGGGUUUCGUCAACGAUCAAAAUGGUGUGCUAAUGCUUUCGCCAUGGACUGCCCGCGAUCUAAAUAUACGCGGCCUAGCCGAUCGUAUACAUGAUUUGGAUGUAUUACGUUAUGUCUAUCCCACAAAUCGUUUGCGCGAUGAAGCUUUUCAUGAAUUUUAUACACAACGAAUGGAUGAAAAUACCCGUCGUGAUGGCUAUGUUACAAACACCAUUCGCGCUCAUGUACCGGCCAUUGAAAAUAAUUUUGGUGGUGUUACACCUCAGCACAAUAUGCAAUCACCCCAUCCACAAGAUAUACAAAUGGGAAAUGACAACAUAAAUUUUACGGACUUCGAGUCAAUACUAUAUUGAACGAAAAAAAAAACAGAAACACUAAAUAACAAUUACUUAUUAAUUAUUACUAUAUA